UUUUUUCCAAAUUUAAUGCAUUUUUAGGAAGCUUGGGUAAUUUUUGGCAAUUUUUGCUGAAUCUUGGGUACCAUCUACCCAGUCAUCGGGUAUACUAUUGUGAGUGGUCACGCUGGUUAAUAACAGAAUGUAGGUGAUGGCUGUUCCAAAAGAUUUAGCAGAGGUAGAAACAGGCUUGUCAAGAACUACCAGCAGCAGUUCAGCUAAUGAUUGCCAUGGCGAUGUAUCAUUCUCACCUCCCCUUUACCAACAGCGCUAUUCAGCAGUCAUAGAAGUUGUGAGGAAGCACCAAGCAUCAAAGGUAAUAGAUAUGGGGUGUGGCGAGUGCAAAUUGCUAAGAAAACUGAAACAGGAGGCAACACUUCAACAUUUGAUCGGAGUAGAUGUUAACAGCUCAUGCUUGGAAGGUAGCAAGUUCAUCAUCAGACCACUGACAACAGAGUACCUUCAUCCCGUCCACAACAAGCCAUUCGUAGUACAACUCUUUGAGGGAAGUGUUGCCAACUAUGACAACAGACUGAGUGGAUUUGAUGUUUUAGCGUUUGUUGAGGUCAUAGAGCACUUGCAUCCAGAAGUGCUGGAGAAAGUACCAGAAACCAUUUUUGGUUUAAUGAAACCACAAGCAGUUGUAAUUACAACACCAAAUUCAGAGUUUAAUGUUCUCUUCAAAAAUUUCACGGGCUUUAGACAUUGGGAUCAUAAAUUUGAAUGGACAAGGCAAGAGUUCCAACAUUGGUGUGAACAAGUUUGUUCAAAGUAUCCAUACACUGUGGCCUACUCAGGUGUGGGGCUGGGACCACCUGAUAAGCAACAUCUUGGUCAUUGUACACAAAUUGCUGAAUUUAACCGAAAACUAGAGGAGAGCAUACCGUUUGGUAAGCAACUUGAAGAUGAUGUUGAGAAGAAUCAACCAUAUAUAUUAGUGUCUGAAUCUGUACAUCCUUUCAAAAAAUGCAACAUGUUGGACAUCAGGCAACGUAUCUUAUACGAAGUGCAGUAUUACAACAACAUUUUAGCAUAUUCGCUGCUGAAAGAAACAGAUGAGGAUUUUGUAUUGGUGCCUUUGGAAAAGAUGCUUCAAUUUCCAAAACUUUCAGAGUUAUGUAGUGAUGUUGAAAAACUAAGAGAAGUAAUAAAAACAUCCGAAGAAUUUCAACUUAGUGGCGAUGAAACAGCAAUUGUAAAUGCUAGAGAAUAUGGAUCAGAAAUGUCAUCAGAUGAUGAUAGCUUUUUACAGGCUGCAUUUGAAGAUAAUGAAACUUGUUUUGUGGAGGAAAUUUCUAAUGAACAAUCAACAGAAGGAGAAUGCUGGGAUUAGUGUAUUAAUGGAUUCAAGUUUCAGGUUUUAUUUCAAAAUAUAUAUAU